ACAGGGAGGAAGGAGCAUCCUCCGGGCUGGGGGAGAGGCACCAUUGCUCGGGGGGUCUCCUCCUGCCCGCUGAGUGGGGACAGAAGCUUCUCAGAGCUGCUGGGCUCAUCCCCAUGACUAACAGGAAGGACUCGAAGAUUGCUAUGGACUCCCCUCCGGUGACCUCCGGCUCUGCAGCAGGCCCUGUUACCUUCUCACAUGUUUUCGGGCAGCAGUGCCAGCUUAUGGAAGCAGCUGUGGAGUCGCUUCAUUCCUUGAAUGACCAGAUCUCCCAUUUCAUCGUCAACAAGUCAAAAACACUGGAUGAAGAUGAAGAUGCCUUUUUGCCCAGCGAGAAGGAAUCCCUCAAAAAUGCCAUGAUGUUGAUGAGGCACCUUCUUAUGGAUGCACAGGCCAAAAUCCUGCACAUGAUGGACGACAACAAGCAGCUGGCGCUGCGCAUCGACGGGGCGCUGCAGGCGGCGGGGCAGGAGGUGACGGCGCUGCGCGCUGAGCUGGCCGCCACCGGCCGCCGCCUGGCCGAGCUGGGCAGCGACCCGGCCAUGGAGCACGGCCCCCACAGCGCGCAAGCGCUGCUCCGGGAGGAGGUGGCUCAGCUGCAGGAGGAGGUUCACCUGCUCCGGCAAAUGAAGGAGAUGCUGACGAAGGACCUGGAGGAGACGCACGGCAGCAAGUCACCGGAGGUGCUCUCGGCCACCGAGCUCAAGGUGCAGCUGGCACAGAAGGAGCAGGAGCUGGCGCGCGCCAAGGAGGCUCUGCAGGCCAUGAAAGCCGACCGCAAGCGCUUGAAGGUGGAGAAGACAGACCUGGUGAGCCAGAUGCAGCAGCUCUAUGCCACGCUGGAGAGCCGGGAGGAGCAGCUCCGUGACUUCAUUAGGAACUACGAGCAGCACAGGAAAGAGAGUGAGGAUGCGGUGAAAGCCCUGGCGAAGGAGAAGGAUCUCCUGGAACGGGAGAAGUGGGAGCUGCGGCGGCAAGCAAAGGAGGCGACGGACCACGCCAGCGCCCUCCGCUCCCAGCUCGACCUGAAAGACAACCGCAUGAAGGAGCUGGAGGCUGAGCUGGCCAUGGCCAAGCAGUCCCUUGCCACGCUGACCAAGGACGUUCCCAAGCGCCAUUCCUUGGCCAUGCCAGGCGAGACGGUGCUGAACGGCAACCAGGAGUGGGUGAUGCAGGCUGACCUCCCGCUGACGGCCGCCAUACGGCAGAGCCAGCAGACCCUCUACCACUCGCACCCGCAGCACUCAGCAGACCGGCAAGCAGUCAGAGUGAGCCCCUGUCAUUCCCGGCAGCCGUCCAUCAUCUCUGAUGCCUCCGCAGCCGAGGGCGACCGCUCAUCCACGCCGAGCGACAUCAACUCCCCCCGGCAUCGAACGCACUCGCUCUGCAACGGGGACAGUCCUGGACCGGUACAGAAGAACUUGCACAACCCAAUCGUACAGUCUCUAGAGGACCUAGAAGACCAAAAGAGGAAAAAGAAGAAAGAGAAGAUGGGUUUCGGCUCCAUCUCCAGGGUGUUCGCUCGGGGAAAGCAGCGCAAGUCCCUCGACCCCGGCCUCUUCGACGGUACGGCCCCCGACUACUACAUCGAGGAGGAUGCGGACUGGUGACCCCCUGUGCUGGGCGAGCCUCUCCCUGGCCUCGCCAUCACCCGUGUACAUACCCCAGCCCAGCCCCGCCUGUGGACGUGUUACCUGUUGUCUUGAGAGCGAUGCAGCUGUGUCGUAACUUCAGUUUUGGCCUUUUCUCUUGUGUUUUUUUCCCCCAUACCAGUAACUCCUUUGUUGUCGCUUGAGUUUGUCACUUUGGGUUAAGUUUUGCCUUUUUUUGUUGCUUGGUUGGUUUUGUUCUUUUUUUCCUCCUUCUUUUGACAAAACUUGAAACUUGAAGGACUGCUGUGUCUGUAAAUACCAGAAAUAUUGUGCACUUUGUGCUUGUGACGUCUCUUGUCCCAAACCCGCUGUUCUCCGGAGCCCAGCCCAUGGGAUGUCCUCGCUUGGGGAUGAAGGACCUGCUCAGCUGAGGGACCUCAGACAGCAAACACACAAGAUAGAUGGAGAAGAAGAAUCUCUCAUGUGCUGUGAUGUCUUCCUGGCCCCCAACGGAGGUGACCCGGGCUGGAUGUUAACGCCUGCCGGUCUGGAAAGAAGUGUUUGAACGUUCCUUUUCGUUGUUUUAAUUUAUUUGCACAGAGCCAGAGGAGUUAUUCUAACUAAAUUAUUGCAGAAGUUUGGGGAGUUUUUAUAUUUUUCCACGUCGGAUGGGAUGGGGCGGGGAGGAGGAAGGGGGUGUUUGUACUGUACUGUCCUGGGAAGCUGCUGCCGGGGGAGCUUGGAGCCAUGGACACCCCCCUCCAGGCUCCCAUGGCCCCACGGCCGCAGAUGCCCCAGGAGCACUUAACGCCUUGGAAAACACAAACCUAAACACAUGCCAGGAAAUUGGAUGGGGGGGAGCUGGUGGGGGCUUUGCCCGCUGUUUUUCCUUGCUUUUUGGGGGCUCACCCUUUGCUUCAAUCUGGGAAUCCAGUGUGAGCUGGGAGCAGGGGAAAGGGGAUAUCCUGAGAUAUCCCUAUAUCCCAAGAUGGGGCCGGCCACCCCACUCCCAUUUGGGGUGUUAACUGCCUGUGGGGGGACGGGGCAAUCGGUACGAGUCCCCACCGGGGUGGGUUUGAAGCACAAAGGCCAACUUGUGCUUCCAAAUCCCUUGGGAAAUGCCCCAAAACCACCCCCCAGCGCGGCGGCUGCUUCCCCUCUCCACUAACAUGCGCCGCGCUCUGCUUAUGCCAAGAUAAGUACCUUAUGCUUUAAUGCUUACGAUAUAAUUUUAAGCUCUUAAAAACAAAACAAUGUAUUAAGAUUUAUUUAAUGAUGCUGUAACAGUGUAUUAUUUUUCUUGAUUCCCAUUCUGGUUGAAAACAAAGAGGGGUAUUUUUGUCUUAAAUCACCGAACUGAACUGCCGAUGCCCUUGCACUGUGGAUUCCUGCUACCGGGAUGUUACAGAGAGGCCAUGGGGAGGGAGGGAGUGAGGGACCAGCGUGGGGCUGCAGGGCAGAGAUUGCCCCAUGGCAUCUUUCUCUGCAGAGAAGCGUUUUUAUAUGUUUUGGGGGUUUGUUGGUUUGGUUCUCCUUGAGUUUCUGUAACUUAAAGUACCAGCCACCUGAGCAGAUGAGCAACCUCUGUGUUAUCCAGUAGUUUCCUUUUGCAUUUCAGCUUUUUCUUUUUUGUUUUUUUUUGUAAAUUAGGAAAUAAUUCUAAAAAAAUUACUAAGAGGAUGAUUUAUUUAAAAAAAAACUUGGAGAAAUAGCAUAUGAAUUAUGGGUAACAUUAGAUUUAACUUUUCCCCCCGUUAGUGGGGGAGAAUCCUUGAAGGCAUGGAUGCAAAUAUAAAAUUAUAAAAGAUCUAAAUAAAGCUUAUUUUAAAGUA